GAGGAUCAGAUAUUGAAUACCUAGAUUUUUAUAAGCCAGUGGUGUGGUUCUGGAUCCUUGUUGGGCUUGCUUACUUUGCAGCUGUUCUCAGCAUGAUUGGAGACUGGCUAAGAGUCAUAUCAAAAAAGACAAAAGAAGAGGUAGGGGAAUUCCGAGCCCACGCUGCAGAGUGGACAGCCAAUGUCACCGCGGAGUUCAAAGAAACCCGAAGACGCCUGAGCGUGGAGAUCUACGACAAGUUUCAGCGGGCUACCUCCAUCAAAAGAAAGCUCUCUGCUGAGCUCGCUGUCAACCACAACCAAGACCUGACCCCCUGCAAGAGAACCCUGUCAGUCAACCAUCUCACCAGUGAGAAGGACCUCUUGCCAGCUCUAACAAAGACAGACAGCAUUUACAUGAAUGGUUUGACACCGCACUGUGCAGCAGAAGAAAUAGCUGUCAUUGAAAAUAUUAAGUAGCUGUGACGUUGGGUCCCAGUCCUUGAGAAGCUCUUGGCUUUUAGACUAACCAUACACCCUUUUUUCUCCACCCUGUCAAAGAUCAAUGCUAAUAGCAUUUUAUAUGUGUGCAUGAGUUCCACAGAAACUGCAGUCCAGAGUUACCAUCGCAUCUCUUCAAAGACACAAAGAUGAAUGGCACUUCUGUUAUCGAAAGAUGCUGGAACACGCAACGUCUUCUGCCUUUAUCUGCCCAGACUGUUUUUCACUUCUCCUAAUGUGCCAUACGGCCUAAAGAAUGAAUCACACUUGUUUAUGGUAACAAUGUAGCUUUGAGGGAUCAGUCCUUAAUAUUUCAGGGUCUACCUUACUGAGCCUAGGAAUGGACCAUUUAUGGACUACAACACAUUUGUAAAUGGCAAGAAAUUCUUAUGCAGCCUUUUACCUAAGAAAUUUUUGUCAGUGCCUUAUCUUUUGGAGAACCAGAACCUCUACAAUUCCUGUAUGUUUUCUUUUUUC